CCUAACACUGGAGAGGGAAGGGGAAGGGAGCUUCUCGGGCGCUUUGAGGCUCUCCUGCCAAGGCCCGGCUCUUAAAGCCAUGGGGCUGCAGGCGGGUUUGGCUGGCAGAGGGGCUCCGAUGGGCAGAAGAAGGGACUGAGCGAGCAGAGGAGGGCGAUCCCACGCUGGGCUUCCGAAGGAGAGCAGUGCCAGGGUUCACUAUGGAAGCUACCUGGCUGCAAGUUCCCUUGGCCUUCCUCAUACUGCCAUUGCUGGUGUUUGGAGCGCCCACUGAUGAAUCUGGCCCCCAAGAAGUUGCAACCAACUUGAAAGGCUGCAAGCGUUGUUGUGAUUCACUGGACGUCCCUCCAGCAGAACCCCAUCCUGGCACACAUCCCCGCUCCUCACCUUACAUAAUGCCAGAGGUGCGUCCAUAUAUCAACAUCACCAUUCUGAAGGGAGACAAAGGUGAACAAGGAGAGCCUGGAAUUCCUGGGAAAUGGGGAAAAGAAGGUCCACCAGGUGAACGGGGAACCCAGGGCCCAAAGGGCAGCAAGGGACAGAUGGGGGCUCCAGGGGACCCCUGCAAACACCAGUAUGCAGCCUUCUCAGUGGGCCGCAAAAAGGCACUCCACAGCAGUGAGGGCUACCAGGCCUUGAUCUUUGACACUGUCUUUGUGAACCUCUACAGCCACUUUGAUAUGUUUAAGGGCAAGUUCUACUGCUAUGUGGCUGGCUUGUACUUUUUCAGCCUCAAUGUCCACACCUGGAAUUUCAAGGAGACCUACAUGCAUGUCAUGCGGAAUGACCAGGAGGAGGUCAUCCUCUAUGCCCAGCCCAGUGACCGGAGCAUCAUGCAAAGCCAGAGCCUGAUGCUAGAACUGCGGGAGAAUGAUGAAGUCUGGGUGCGCCUCUACAAGCGUGAGCGUGACAAUGCCAUCUACAGUGAUGAUGUGGACAUUUACAUCACCUUCAGUGGCUACCUGAUUAAACCCACUCUUGAAUAGAUGUUUAUCCCUCUGCUUCCCUAAAGCAUCCUUAUGAUGUGCCUAUAUGAAUUGUUGCAGUUCAUGCACAGAAACAUCUAAAGCGAGAGGAGAUGGCUUGAAGAAGCAUAGCUUGCAAAUGUUUUAGACUAAAUGUGUUAAAAUUGUGGGAUCUGUAGUCCCAAAAGGAAUUCUUUCAAGCUCUGAAUCAAGGCUGAGCUGUCAUGAAGGAUCACAGGGGCUGCACCCACACUAUCUCCCUCCCCAAAGCCUACAGACCAUACAAGGGAAAACCAGAACUGAUCUCUCUUUUACCAAAGAAAAAAAAGGGUGAGGGGACUUUUUUUUUUUUAACUAAAACAGGAUGUAGGAGACACUUUAGGCAGAAUUGUGCUCCUGAUGAGGCAUGAUUUUCUGGUUUGGGGUUUUAAAAAGAUGGGGAGUUGGAUGUCCAGAAGCAUCACAGAUGGCUUUAUUGUGUAAUAUGGCUUGUGGACAGCACAAUUCUUACCCCUUCUUUAAUAGAGAAAAUAUUUCUUUAUCAGAGAGUAUAGAAUGGAAAAAAAUAACUGUUCUGAAUUGGAAGGCAUCAUUUGUCCCCAGAAAAUGUUUUCUGAUUCUUUUGCAGGCUUGCUUAUUUUGGCAGAUAAAGCCAUAAUAUUUAGAACUAGGAUCUCCAGAUUUUCUGAAAAUACCUUUACACCUGCAAUCUCACACUUUACCCUCCAAUCAGACUGGUGCUUGGUAACAGGUAUGUUCUCAGUUGCCUUCCUCAACCUACCUAUCUAUGUUGAAAUUGGUUGGACUACAACUUCUACAAUCCUCAUGGCUGAGGUCAAUGGGAGCUGCAGUCUAACUCAUCUUGAGCCAUCAGGGUUGAGGAAUUCUUGUUUACAUGGGGAGGGAUGUAUGAAUGAUUGCCACCAUCUCAAGUGAAUAGCAUGUUCAUACAUAUUUCAGGCGUAGUAUAGGCCAACAGCCAUGUAAUAUUAUAACUAGGCAAUGGCAUCCUCCAUUAAUUAACAUCAGUUUAAAAUCACAUUAGUUUAUUUACGGUAUGAUUUACUUGGGAUAAGUCCUGAUAAUACAGUGGGCCCUUGCUAUUACUGGGUUUGGUUCCAGGACCCCCUGUAGAUACCAAAUUCUUUGGAUGCUCAGGUCCCACUAAAUACAACGGCAUAGUAAACAGAAAAUGAAGGUUUACUUUUUGGAAUUUAUUUUUUUUUAAAAAUAUAUAUUUUCAAGCUCUUGAUAGUUGAAUCCAUGGAUACGGCAAGGUGACUGUACUUCAAUGUAACCACAACCAGAUGAAGCUUCCAUCCUAAUCCUUCAACAGGUUUUGUGACAAUUAAAAUGAAGGUUUGGACGUUGCAUAUGUUGUUUGUACAGAACUCUGAAUUUAACACAGAAAUUGCAUACAGCAUGGGGAGAUACCUCUCAAGUUACCAUAGACCUGAAGGACUGUUAGUUCCCAGUAGUUCUAGAAAUGUAGUUUUUUCAAGCUCUGACUACUUCAGGGUAAACAAGGAAGGCAGAUGUCUAAAGUAAAUAUUUUCUUUCUGAUUCUCACAAGUGGAAUUUUCUUACAAGGUUGUCAGGAUUGCUAGGAUGCAUUAUGUGUAGCACUCUGAAUUACAAAGCUAGGUUGGUAAACUGGUGCCUCCCUCAAAUGGUGCUGAAUGUCUGUUCCCAUCACAUUUCACUAUCAGCCAGUCUGACUGAGGCUGCAGUCCUGCAACAUCUGGAGCACCACGGGUUCCUCAGACUUGCUCUAAAGGCCUGUGCCAUGAUACUGUAAUUUACUAUGCACUUAGAUUUCCAGAAGGUAGUGGCUUCCAGAUGUGUUGGACUACAAUACCUGAGACAGGUAAAACACCUAUCUCAGGUGUUUUUCCUCCACACAGUCCAGUGUGGGGGGCCAUGAUGGCAAGCAGUUUGAACUACAAUACCUAACACCAUGCUGACUGGGGCUCAGGAGUGUUGUAUAGCAACACAUCUGGAGGGCACCAGACUCAAGAAAGUUGUAGUAUAUUAACAGAAACGUUUGUCCAUAAAUAGUGAAAAGAAAAAAAGAGAUCUACCCCCCAAAUGAAAUUUUCCUUCAGUCCCCAAAUUUGUAGCACUGCAGACAGUGAAAUUGUAAAAAGCAUUCACACCUAGAACUGUUAUGUUUGCUAAGUCUGCAUUCCAAUGUAAUCUUAGCCUGCCUCUUUUCUUUAGGUUCCUAAAAUGUACUUCUAAAUGCUUAACUGAACUUUUAAGUUAUGGCUACAUUUCAGUUUUGGAACAGCAACAAAAAGAUUUCUGAAAUUUUCAUUGUUAUUUGAAGAGGCAAUGCCCUUAUCCCCCUGUAACUACACCGCUGUACACCUCUCCCAUUCCUGUCAUUCCUUGAAGCUAAGAGACAGAAGAACAGAUGGAAAAAUAUUAAUCCCACCUCCUGCAAAUGAUAGCGUUCCCAUGUUCAGAGAAGACAUAUAGCGGUGCACAGUUUUAUUUUGACCUAGUGGGUAGCCUUGCAGAGCAGGGCAGCUUGAACAUGAAACUGAAUUCCUCCUCCCUGUGAUGCACAGAUUAUGGAACCAGCUGUUGUAGAUUUGCAGCACAUGGCGUCCCUCUGUCUCUCGAGGGAACAACAAGAAUUUCUAGCACUGAAUCACUUCCAGACCUAGGCUCUGAAUCCCUCGAAUCUUUGCUUCCUUUCCAAUAUCAACAGAGCUCUCAGAUGCUUCUGCAGAGCAAUUGCAUUUGAAGUUGAGAACAGUGCUUGGAGACAACUAUUGAUUGUAACUAGUUACAUGUAACCGCUUCUCACUAUCUCAAAGGCAUAAGUAUGUGGCUUUGCAGUGGCCACUUAGAAAGUUACCCUUUCAUGUGUCAGUAUAACUUUUAAAAUGGUUUUUGUUUUAAUAGGAACAAAGCCUGAUUGAAUGAUGGAGAAGGAAUAUCACAUGGUUCCAGGGCUGCCUUGUGUUUUGUUGUGGGUAAUGAAGUGACAAAGAGACAGGAGGAAAGUGUGUUUUAUAUCACAAGCCAGUGGCAUAUAUCCUUCAGAUUUUUUAAAAGAAAAUUUGCUUUUGAGAAACAAUAAAAAAAAGGGGGGGUUAACAAUGUAACUGCUUUUGAUUAGCUUGAACCCAGAACUGUAAGUAAUUAAUUUUUUUUAACUAAUGUUCCAACUUCUGGUCAAGAGACUAAAAUAUAUAUGUAGCAGAAUGUGUUUGCUAUGCUGUCUGCUUUUUGGUGCUAAAGAAAGCUUCAAAUUCUUGGUGCUAAAGAAUGUCAUUUGGUGCUCUUCCAGGAAACUAGAAAAGAAUUGAUGUUUGCUGAGAAAUAUAUUGGGAUACGAUGGGCACAGUAGAAUAUGGAAUUUAUGGUGCUUUAUAGGAAAUGGAAAACCAGCCAACAAGAAUACUUGUGGUUUGUAUAUAUACAUGUGUAUAUAUUCUAGAUAUUAAAAUGUCUUUAUU